AUGGAUGAUCCAGAGAACCCCUACGCUCCAGCUCAUCGAGCACCCGGGGGCCCAAAUGACGACCGACCUACCGCUUUCCAAAUCAUCCAGCAUGAGUGUUUGGUUGGCAAACUGUCCGAUGCAGUGAUUUUCAUCACCGGUUGCUCAUCAGGGCUUGGUGUGGAAACUGCACGUGCGCUGAAGUCAACCGGAGCCACGCUCUACCUCACAGCCCGCGACCUCACCAAAGCCCGCGAAGCCCUCGGGCCAGACUUGGCCAACGAUCCCAAAGUCCACCUAUUGAAGCUGGACCUUGAUUCGCUUGAGUCCGUCCGCCAGUGCGCAAAAGAAUUCCUCUCGAAGUCAGACAAGCUCAACAUCCUCAUCACAAACGCCGGAAUCCGCCAUGUCCCGUUCAACAAGACGAAAGAUGGAUUCGAGCAGCAUUUUGCAGUCAACCACCUCGCACACUUCCUCCUCACACACAUGCUCCUCCCGACACUAGAGCGCAGUUCUAAACUCGGCUUCGAAUCCCGGGUUGUCGCGCUCAGCAGCACCGCACACCGACACUCUGCAAUCGUUUUCUCCGACCUGAAUCUCGAACAGCCCGGCGUCUACGAGAAAGAAAAGGGGUAUGCGCAGUCCAAGCUCGCGAACGUUUACAUGGCAUCGGAGAUCACCCGGCGGUACGGGCUGGCCGCCCGCGCUCAAGACCCCCGCAAGCCCGGCGUCUGGGGCCUAGCGGUGCAUCCGGGCGGUAUCAGAAGCGGACUCCAGAAAAACUCGGGCGCAUGGGAGAUCGUGACGUGGUACUACGCGCGGAACAUCAUGAAGCUGCUGAACUACAUGAAGUCCACCGAGCAGGGGGCCGCGACCACGGUCGUCGCUGCCGUGGCGAAGCGCUUCGAAGCCAGAGGCGGCCUCUACCUCGAAGAUUGUGGCCUCGCUGUCCCUGUGCGCAAGGGCUGGGGCCUCAUUGAUCCUGGAUAUGUCCCUGGCAGGACCGACAACGAGGAGGAUGCCAGGAGGCUUUGGGGCGUUAGUUGUCGAUUGGUUGGAGUCAGCGAUGAUGGUUUGUGA